AUGCAUACUCAUAGCGAGAUCGAUGGCAUUAAGCACACCAUUGACAAAGGUAGUGCAUCUCAGACUUGGCCAGUCCUCCAGGACCUCCCUCCGAGAUAUGAAGAUAUUGACGAGCACCGACGGACACCUGGAGAGAAAAGCACACGAGAACAACUUCUUAGGACGUUAUCGGAGCUUCGAUAUGCCACUGGUUUUGAUUCAUACCAGGCUUAUCUUGAGACUCGGAGUAAAUCAAUGUUCGAUGAAAAACAUCUUGGUGAAAUAUCUGCCCAUAACCUUCUCUUCUCUAUUGCCAACCCAAGUUGGGAGGAUAGAAACAACAGUAUAAUCAAGAUCGUCCAGAGUGACAAUGGUAAUACGAAAGUGCAGCUACACUGCGACUCCGAGCCUACAGCUAGUACACUGAUCUCUGCUCUCCAGACUUCAUUCAGUAGCGAUCUACUUCAUCGUAUAGUCUUAUUACAAACACCUCUGACGCUUGACUAUGUUGACACUUUCGGUGUAAGCUUCGCGCUGGACCCAAGUUUCUUCACCGUAGAGUCUCCCAUUCACCAAACCUGCCUUCGGCCCACAGGUUUCAUCACUCUGGAGCAUUUGAAGGUAAACAUUGCAAUCACACGGCACUUUGCACUUGCUAGGGGUGUCCAAUUGCCAUUACUUCUGGUGGCUGGAAAGCUUCUUGAACUCCCACAGGAAUAUAGCCCUGAAGAAAGGGUGACUAUGCAGGGGGAUGAGGGACAUACUUUGACAACGAUCCCUUGGGUCAAAAGAGUCAAUAGCGGUGCGCUGGGGGAUCUGACUUACGAAGGGCAAGUUGAAGAAAAUAACGCUACCAAUGACACCGCUCCUGAUGACAACGCUGGCAAUGAUACCAAAUAUAUAUAUGAUGAUCUAAGCUUCCGAAGGAUCUAUUGCAGAGCUCUAGCGACUAUGUUACUUCGUUCUCAGGCUAUCAUCAAGGGUCCCGAGCACAUUCUACUCGCAUCUUUACUUGCAUUCGUAGAUCUUGAUAUGCUUCAUCUCAGAGAGUAUAUGAUCGCUACGAAACGACUUUUUUAUCGUGAACUGGAGUCAAAAAAUGAGAAUAUAUACUCUCUGACUGCUGGAGAUCUCACUCGAGACGAUCAUCAAUCCUACCAGAGUCAAAUGCCGGAAUGUCUUUACCGAUGGCGCACGCGUCUAAGGAGUUACAUUGCAAGCUACGAAGAUCAACAAACAAGCCUUCCAGAAUUUGUCGCUCUCGAAAUGGGGCCCGAGUUGCUGAAAAGUGAGCUUUAUCAGCAAUUUAAAGCAUCAAGAGAUCGCAUGGUCGAAGAAGCGCGUCGAUUUGAGGCUCAACUUUUUGACCAUCUUCAACUGGAAGCCAGUCGAUUGGCGCUUUUAGAGUCACGGAAGUCUAUCGAGCUUUCGAAUCAUCAGAUCCUGGAAGGAAAGCGAGUUACCAUACUGGCGUUUCUCUAUGUGCCCCUCAACCUGGCCACCUCUGUCUUUGGCAUGAACAUUCAGGAAUUGAACAACAGUGGUCGGACCUUGAAGGUUUUCUUUGCAACCGCGAUCAUAGCCGUCGCCGUAACAGGCUUGAUUUGGUGGAUGAUAGAAGAAGCGAAGAACUUCAAGGCGUGGCGCGAUGAAAUCAAUCAGGUCCAGGAUGUCCCGCAGCCACAUCUCCAAUCAAGCUGUACUUUCAUGAUCCGUUUAUAUAUGAUCGGCUGGCUUGUACGUGCAAAGUGUUUUACUUGGUCACUGCGCACGGGGGCCGUUUUCUGCCUGCUUCGAAAAUCGGGGGCGCCCUACUUCAUACAUCAGUAUUCAACACGCUCAAUGCCGCAUGGUCCAGCCAGUGAUGAGACCCCAUUUCAAUAUCUCACGGAGAUUAUGAUUCAUCGUGAACAGCACGGUUACUAUUACGCCCGACACUUAAUUCACCCGGACGAACCCACAACUGGGGCCUGGGAUUGCUUCGAGAUGGGUUUCAUACAUAGCUUAAUGCGGUGGUGUGGGUUCGACAACCCAGUCUACGAACACUAA